AUUAUUUCCAUAUUCUUUCCAUGACAUGUAUAUGAUUUAAGGUAGGUGCAUGGUUGACAAAUGCUUUUUGCCUAUGGUCUGCAAAGACAAUGACAUGCUUUUCUGUGUAUAUAAUUAAAUGAAUAUAACGCAGCGAAUGCGCCAAACAGUAUAAACGCGGCUGAAAUACGAUAUUAAAAUCUUAAACGUGCCGUAUGAUUUAAUUAUGUUUUAGGAUUUACAAAUGCUUUGUCAUUUGUAUUUAUACUUGUACUGCAUCACAAGGCAGUACGUAUUGUAAGUGAAAAAAAUCCACAUGUGAGAUUGUCUUGUAUAUAUUUUUGCUUUCUUUGAUAAACACUAUUAAACACGCAAAUUUUAAUUAGUGAAACGCAAUGUUAAAUGUCAUCUGCAUGUCAUUGUCAUUGCCCUUUAACCCCUGGUCUAAUUGGCCGCUUUUGAAAAUAUUGAUAGUUAGUGCCUUACGUCUUCGCUGGUUGUUAUAUUUUAAAAUAAUUUUGUAUGUACCGAGAAAUCAAUAUUCCGAGUAUAUAAAUAUAUAAACUGGGAUGUCACACUGAUAGCUUGUUUACAUUUCCUGGAGCAUCAUGAAAUCUUAUGUUUAACCACGGUGGUUUAACCCAUUAGCUGGCAAUGCGCCCUUCCCUUGUCGAGCGCCAGAAGAUUUUACUCGUCAGUGGUAUAGGGUACUGCCAGUAAAUGGGUUAACAAACCUAUCUGCCAAUGGCUCUUGUUAAUUCGUCAACACAGUAAUGACCCAUACUUUAGUAUUUACCCUGUGCAACGCCAGACGAUUUUUAAUACUCAGUCAGUGGUAGGGUACUGUCAAUAAAUGGGUUAACAAGGAUAACAAUAAUUAGCCUGCAUGACAGGCGGUAUUUCCCAGGCUUUCCCAAUUUUAGGAACCGCCUGCCAUGCAGGCUAAACAAUAAUAGGAUGUUUCUGAAGGACUCGUUCAACACCCUGUAGUUUGUAUUUUGCUGUCAAAGGCAGCAUUACUGCCCUGUGGGUAACCUAGUAUUAAUUGUAAUGGCAUGAGACCCAAAAUAGGCACGAGAUAUAUUUGUAAUGGUACGAGAUCCUAAAAAGUUAAUAGCGGCAUGCAGACAAUUUCUUCCUCUUUAACCUCUUAAACUGCGAGCAGUCCCCAUAAUAAAUUAUUCUCUAAUGGUUUAUUGAAAAAAUAAGAUUCAUUGUGAUGGCAUGCUAUAUAUUAUGUAAGCCAAACUCGAGUAUUUACCAUUUUAAAACUUUAGUCUUUAUAAAUUGAGUGCAUGAGAAAUAGCUAUUAUGCAAUAUACAUACUGUGCUCAAACGUAUAUUUAAAACUUCAUGAAAAAUUGUAUGUCAUUUCUGUAAAAAAAUUGUCUGUCAUUUCUGUAAUAAUAGGUGAAAAGAAAUGAUAAUAAACCGUAAUAUUUACCUUUCGACAAAAAAACUUCAAAUGUGUAUAUGGAAAUUAUUAUCUCGAAUCCCAUAAUAUAAUAUAAUUAUAUAUGUUGCAGCAUUGAGUUGAUAUCCAGUUGAUAUUGCAUGAAUACACUCUUUUGGGGGUCGUUUUGACUCUUUUGAAUUUACAGUGUAUACAUGCAUAGUACCUAGUUUUGAUUUGUAAGAAACACCAUGUAUAUUUAAUAUUGCAAUUCUUUUGACUCGGGAUUUUUUAAAAUACGGUCAUGCAAAACAUAACUUUUAUCGACUAAGAAUAUAGUUAGCUCUAGUUGAGUUGAGUCUAGUUCCAUGUUACAUAAUUUUUACUGUUACAUAACAUAUAUAUAUAUAUAUAUAUAUAUAUGGACUUCACAUAUAUAUUUCUUGAAAAACAGAUUCAUACGACUAAUAGAUAAUAAUGUGGUUAUCUUUUGUUUACCUUAACCGCAAUUUACUUGAACUUGCUUGGGAGUUUUAUCUUCGUUUAAUUAAUAGAUAAGAUCCUGUUCAUAUUUUAUUAUAUAUAAGCAUUGUAAUCUGGUUAUGCGGGCAGAACAGCUAACACAGUAACGGUUUCAACACUAAUGUUGUCACGGAAACAAUGGCUUCCAGAGCAUCAAAACUGCAGUUGUAUCGAAGUAAGCUAUUUUAAAGUCUUUUCUGUAAUGAACUAUAUAUAUAGAGGAUAAAUUACAUGGGUGCGCGGAAAUACCAGAUUUAUUUCGAGUGUUGAACGUCCGUGGCAAUGCGUUUUACAACAAAUGAUAUUUUCACACGUAAAAAUAUCGGGUUUUUUACGUGUGUUUAAAUACGAUUUUUCUCAGCGGCCAAAAACUCUAUAUAACACAUAUGUUUAUAUAAUAAAAUAUCUUAUUUUUUCUGCGGUAAAUUUUUGAAUGUAUAAGCUUUUUUGAAAUUUAAUUUGUGCAUAUAAACAAAGUCCAAUGCUUAUAUAUAGUUAAAUGUUAUUCAUUUUACUGAGUUAGGCUAAGUAAAAGUAUUUUGAGUAUAUUUUGGUAGUUUUUUUGUUCACAGUUUUUUAUUGUUAAUUUGAUAUUUCAGAAAACCAUUUUUGAAUUAUAUUUUUUACUGCAUGAUGAACAGUGAAGUUAUCAUACUCUUGUAUGUUACUGAGCGAAACAAAAUAUGUUGAACUUCUUUUCUAUUUGUGGAAACGUUUAAAUGUUUUUUUUAAAAUAAUUUUAAAACAAAAUAUAACACGUAUAUAACGUCUGUUUUCUUUGAAGGCUUUUGAAUUAAUUGAAAACAGACUUUGCAACCGAUGGAGGUUGAUAUACGUCGAUGGUUUACAAUUUUUGGAGGUUAAAGUUAAACUGAAUAGUUAAAAAAUAGUAAAAUAUUUACUCAAAGCAAGAGGUGCAGUUGUGCAGACUAAGAAAAAAGAGGUGCACUCGUGCAGGCUAAAACUAAGUAUAUAUAUAUAUAUAUAUAUAUAUAUAUAUAAUAUAUAUAUAUAUAUAUAUAAUAUACAGAGACCAAGGAUGAUCAGCCUCGGAAUUUUCAAAAAAAAGUUCAUUUUUUUUCCAACCUCGGGAUUUUCAAAAAAUUUUCAUUUUUUUUCUUAUAUAUAUAUAUAUAUAUAUAUAUAUGUUAAGAUGAAAAUGUUCUAGAGUGUGUAUUAUAUAAUUUCCAUACCCAGCGCAAGCAGAAAGAUGUUGUCUGCCGCGGCUGGGUCUUGAACCCGCUACCUUCGAAUUACUAGAUCGACGCUCUACCAACUGAGCUACACGGUCAGACGGAUUUAAGAUUAUAUAUAUAUAUAUAUAUAUAUAUAUAUAUAUAUAUAUAUAUAUAUAAAUAUAUAUAUAUAUAUAUAUAUAUAUAUAUAUAUAUAUAUAUAUAUAUAUAUAUAUAUAUAUAUAAUAUAUAUAAUAUAUAUAUAUAAUAUUAUAGAGACCAAGGAUGAUCAGCCUCGGAAUUUUCAAAAAAAAGUUCAUUUUUUUUCCAACCUCGGGAUUUUCAAAAAAUUUUCAUUUUUUUUCUUUCUAUAUAUAUAUACAUAUACCGGGUGUCCCAAAAAAAAGUACUCCGGUUUGAUGUAUAAUAACUUCUAAACAAGUAAAGUUAUCAAACAGAAAUAACUUGCAUUAAAUAGAGGAAGGACUAACUUAGAUUUUGAUAUAUUACAGUUGUAUUUUACUUAAAAAUUCACGGAGAUAUUAAUGUUCAAAAUCGGGAGCAUAUUUUGGGAUGUGUCUAAAAUUAGCGAAAAUCGGCAUAUCAAAUAUUAACUUCAGCGUUUGUUUGCUUGAUGACAUAUCAGACUAACUUGUAUUUCAGCGAAUUGUCGUUAGGGUUUUUAAGGGAUAUGACUUAGAUUUAGACUUCUUACAUGUAAGCUAAGUCUUAGCUAAUUGUUUCCUGAAAUAUGAACGUACGAAAUAAUGCAAGUAUUUAAUAGGUCUUUACAAACUUUACAAAUUUAUAGGGUACAUGAAAGACCAUGCAAGGCAGGCGCUUAAAUUUUUCUUAGCCUAAUUUUUUAUGUUUUUCAUGGGUUCCAAACAGAGUUGAUUAUUUCUCGGUUGGAACAGGAUGAAUAUUAUUCUGAAAUGAAGGAAAUAAGAUUGCAUUUGGCAAAUACACAUCACAGUAUCAACGCUACUAUUUUGUUACGUUUUGUUCCAAAAAUGUUGGAUGUCUCCAGGGAGUUGCAUGCUUAAUUGUUAUGUCUUACAGAUUUGUAUGGUUUGAUUGUGUUUCAUUCUCAGUUUAUUGUGAACUUAAAAAGAUUAAGAAAAGGCAAAUGAGUUUGAGUGUUCUUAACAAGAUUUCAGAACAUUGCCGAAGUUAGAAGAGCUUCACAAUUCCAUUGUGGCAGCAUGCCCUAAUUCAGAACUACGAACGAUCCAUGACGAUCCUUCGCGAUGCAGUGGUCUCAUGAAAUAAGGAAACGUAUUCGUGCUAGGAAGUUAGGAACACACACAGAUUUCGGACAAAUAAAUAUUGCUUGUAUUUUGUAGAUAAUAAUACAGACUUGUUUCAUAAUAAACAAUUUGUCAAGUGUCAUUUAUUUACUGCUAAUCGUGCAUGUUUCAGUCGGGCAAAUCUUGGUUAAUAUUUGAUACGCCGUUUUUUGCAUAUUUCAGACACAUCCAGAAAUAUGCUCCCAAUUUUAAACAUUAAUAUCUCCGUGAAUUUUUAAGUGAAAUACAACUGUAACAUAUCAAAAUUUAAGUUAGUCCUUCCUCUAUUUGAUGCAAGUUAUUUCUCUUUAAAAGGUUUACUUGUUUAGAAGUUAUUACGAAUCAAACCGGAGUACUUUUUUUUGGGACACCCGGUAUAUAUGUAUAAAUAUAUAUAGUAUAUAUUUAACAGUUAUUCUACGAACUCGAGUCGAAUAUGAGCUGAUAGCCGAUGAGGCGCGUAGCGCCGAAUCGGCUAUCGCUCAUAUUCGACGAGAGUGAGUGGAAUAACUGUUUUAUUAUAUACACAAGGUCUGAAUUCACAGACUUUGCUUUUCGAAUAUUUUCAAUAUUUUUCUAUUUUGUUUUUGUUUUUAUCUUCGCUCUUUCGGCCGAUUAUUUUUUCAAAAAUAUAUAUUUUUAACCAUUUUAAAUUUUAAAAAUUUAUUUGCUAACCUGAAAACAAUUUGUGGGAGUUUUUUUCAUUGUGUUUUUAAUCCUGUGAAGGCUAUAAAAAGCGACAACUUGCCGUUUUCUCGUUUGCAAAACAUCGUAAAUUCAGUUUGGCCGCCAUUUUGUUUUGCUCUACUAGCAGGAUAUGAGCUAAUAUCCUGCUAGUAGAGAACCAAUCAGAUUGCAGAAUACCUCAUAUCCAGACCUUGUGUAUAUAAUAAAUAGUUAUAUACCAAAUACUGUAAUGAUGUUCUCACACAUUUUGAAAGUUUUAAGUUCAUUUCAAGUUAUGGUAUCAUUUCAAGUUAUGGUAUUCAUGUAUUAUAAUAUGUACUUUUUAUAUGUAUAUGUCUAUAUAUAUAUAUAUAUAUAUAUAUAUAUAUAUAUAUAUAUAUAUAUAUAUAUAUAUAUAUAUAUAUAUAUAUAUAUAUAUAUAUAUAUAUAUAUAUAUAUAUAUAUAUAAGGUAACUAUAAAUAAGAGUUACUUUCAUCCUGCUCAUCAGCACUACACUGAUGAGGCCCAUUAGGCCGAAACGGUACCGUCUGUAGUUAGAUAUCGCUCUAUGGUGUAGACUAAGACAUGAUAUCUGAAGAUAAUUUGAUAAAACCUAAACCUAUUUACGAUAAAAGUUACUCGAGUUUCACGCACAAAGGCGAUCAUCAGACUAAAGUGCUUUUACGGUGGAUUGUAAUUAUAAGCGUAAAAUUUCCUUUCGUGACAACACUUAGCUAUUAAUUCUGAUCUUUUAUUCAGUAGUGAUUGUUUAUCUGCAUUCAAAAUGCAGAUUUUCUCGGAUAGGCACAAGUUACAUAUCUUUCCUCCACUCCUAUAAGCAUUUGCACGCUUAAGGAUUUUCCACUCGAUUGCGUAAGCUGUGUCGGAUUCCCAGAUGAACUUCGAGAGCGUUGUACUUCCAGCGUGCUCAACAUUGUUGAAGGAUGAUUUGUGGUUUCGGUACCGCGUUUUGAAUUCGUUUUCUGUCAUUCCUAUGUAUAUUUUAGGUGGCUGGUUCGAUGGGGUCACUGUAGCUUGGUAUACAAUGCUCUUUGUCUUGCAUGCAUUGUUUAAUGGGCAGUUCUUCUCGUCUUGGCAAUUACAUUGACUAUUAACGUCAUUUGUCGGGCUGGGUUUGAGAAUUUUAGCAUUAUGUUGCUUGAUUAUAGAUUCUAUGUUAUCCAUUCAGCUAUAACUUACUUUACAGCUAUUUCUGUUAAAGACUGGCCGUAGCUGGUGGCCUAUUGGGAAAUGCUUGUCUAUUAAUUGCAGGAAAUGCAUGCCGACGUUCGUUCGGACAUUCAUGCUGUACGGCGGGUUGAACCAUAAUAUAUUCCUUCUGCGCUUCCUGCGAGGGGGUGAUGGUUGGGAAUAUUCUAGUUUGCUGGUAAACCCACUACAUUGAAGGGCGCUAUCGUAGGUGGGGGCUUCUCUAGCGAAUUCUUCGGGGUUGCAUGAAAGCGACGAAACCCUCUUGGAUAUAGUCGAUGGUAGCUGCUUAAGUAUGGGAGGUGGAUGGUUCGAUUGAGAAUUGAUGUAUGAUGGCGGGUCAUCUGGUUUCCUAUAUGGCACGUAUUUGCCAUUGGAUAGAUUUAGAGUGACGUCUAGAAAGUUGACCACGUAUACAUUGGCUUGAGCCGUUAUUCUUAAUCCCAAUUCUGCAAAAACCUCGCAGAACCGCUUGCGGAUUCUGUCUCCUGUUCUAGGGCGCGCGUUACGGAUGGCGGCCAAUCCGUCGUCUCGAUAUAGGCCAAUGUCUAUGUUGUUGCUGCAUUUUUCGUUAAGCUUGCUAAGUGCGAAAAGCCCGAGCAACUCGCAGAUUUCGGCGACAUCGAAACUGCCCAUUGACACGUCAAAUAGGCUGCGGUUGGAUUUCUUAGCCCAAGGCUCAUUCUUAUCAAACAAUAGGGAUUUCCUUGAGUGCAUAAUUAUUUCUAUUUCAUCGGCUGUAAUAUAUUCAAAUUGGCUGGCGAACUGUAAAGCGUUGUGUAAAAGCUGCUCUGAUAUCGAGGGGUAAAACGCAGAUAAACAAUCACUACUGAAUAAAAGAUCAGAAUUAAUAGCUAAGUGUUGUCACGAAAGGAAAUUUUACGCUUAUAAUUACAAUCCACCGUAAAAGCACUUUAGUCUGAUGAUCGCCUUUGUGCGUGAAACUCGAGUAACUUUUAUCGUAAAUAGGUUUAGGUUUUAUUAAAUUAUCUUCAGAUAUCAUGUCUUAGUCUACACUAAUAAUAGUUUUGCUCUGCAAAAUCUUACCUGCAUUGAGCACUCUUCAGAUACGUGUCAGCACCGACAAACAAGAUAUAUAUAUAUAUAUAUAUAUAUAUAUAUAUAUAUAUAUAUAUAUAUAUAUAUAUAUAUAUAUAUAUAUAUAUAUAUAUAUAUAUAGACAAGUAUCGAGUUUGGAAUCAUAUAUGAGUAGAGUGCUCAAUACCGUAGUAGAGCUGAUAAGAUUAGAAGACAAACUUGAAUUACUUCAAAUAUAGUUAAGUAAAGUGAAAUAAAGUUCAUAUGAAGUAAUUCAAGUUUGUCUACAUUUCUCUUGAAGAAGUUUGAACAUAUAAGAAUUGACUUAAUCCCCAAUCAACAUCAGUCAUUUUUAAUAGUUCAACAAAUAUAUUAUACUAUAUUACUAUAACAGUGUCGUUAGGUCUUUUCGCAACUCGAAAAGUGAAAUACUGUUCAAUGUUCCAACCGCUUGUCAAUCAAGUCCACCAGUCCUUUAAAAAAUCCAAAAUUUCUCUCCCAGAAAAAUCGCCCACCUCAAAAAUGCUAUAUUCACGUUUAAUUGUUCAAGAUUAUUUUUCGUUCCUUUGUCCCUAUAUACAUGUCCCUCAAAUUUUGUAGGUUGAAUCGAGUAUAGAUUCAACUAAGAAGGUAGACAUGACAACGGUUUUCCCUUAUAUUUCAUGCUAAUGCAAUGUACGGUUUUUGCUUGUCAUAUAUAGUUAUUUGUAAACAAAAUAUGUUUUGUGAUUCAAUUAAAGUACAUGCAAGACUUAAUUGUUAAAGUGUGCUAAAAUUGAAGGCAUUACUUUGUCUCAUUAACUUUUCCUUAUUAUUUGACUGUAAUUAACUUUUCCUCGCGGAGACGUUAAUGAAAUUUCCUCGGAAACGUGGGCGUUAAAUUUAAGAUAAAAAUUUAUUACUUUAAAUUAAUAGGAAACAGCGCAUUAGCAAGAACGACUGAAUGUAUAUGCUGGUUUUUAGCAGAGCCUGAGGUCCGCCCAUGAACUCGUUUUUUUUUAAGGAUAUUUUUCAAUAUACGUACGGACAAAAACGUUAAAACAUGAAACAAAAUUCAAGUAUUUUUUUGUGUAGUUAGUACAACCGUACAAGGUUUUAGUAGUUCGUACAAAUUUUGCUGUCACAUGUUGACAUUCAGCAGCCACUGCACAUUCAGCCAUCGCACGAUUUUAAGAUUUUUCGAAAGAUUUUUUUGGAAAGCGCAUGUACGAGGAUUUUUGGAGUAAAAACUAUAGAGGGCACUCACUUUCACAAGUCACAACCUAUGCAUAAAUUAUACAAUGGGCUAAUAACGCAUUUAUAGUUCACUCUGCCCGUCAAAUCAAAGCAAGACAAACUUUAUUCCAUCCUAUUUUCAAUGAAAUUUAACCAAAAUUUAAUCAAUUUGUCCUUUGGGAAAUGUCAUGCAUGGGUCCCGCAAAUUUUCGUGCCAAUACGUUUGAUAGUUUUUGAGUUAUCGUGUGCUGAAAGAAAAACACACACAGACAGGCACACACACACACACAUAAUGACGGUCGCCAUAGAGUAAUUUAGUAUUUAACACAAAACAGUAGACACUCCGUAAAUUGUUAACAUUUGAAUUAUAUGCGUUUUAAUCCUGCUGAAUUAGAUGACUGUAAAGAAAUAAUCAAAACAUAGAGUAUUAAAGAUGAUUUCCACUCCGUUCUGCGUAUCAGUUCUGCUCAUAACAAAGGGGGACCCCCAGAUAUAAAGAUUGCCCAAAUUUUGCAUCUUUCGAACUUUUUUGAAUUGAAACGUACAAUUUAUAUUCAUUUACAAGCAUAGCGAACAUGAAAAGUGUUAGAUAUUCAGUUAGUAUAUCAUAUUUUACAAAUAUAGCAGUUCAAAACGUAAACAAAGUUCGCGCAUGUGCACAGGAGUGGACAUCAUCUUUAAAGUGUUAACAAUUUACGGAGUGUAACGGAGUGUGUUUAAUUUUUGGAAUAAUUCAGCCCCCAAUGACGAUGCAAAAAAUCCUAAAAAGUAAAAUUACUCAAAUUUAUGUCCGAAUUUACUAAUUUUUGAGUGAAGUAAAUUUAAAACAUUACUUAAAAGAAAGAGUAAAUUUGCAUGCUCAGAAAUUUUCAAUAACUUUACCCAAAAUUGUGAGUCACUUCGAGUGGAAUAUUUUACUACAAUGUUUUUGAGUCGGACGAAUACUCGGGAAUUUUAUAGCCUUGUUGUGUAGAUAUUUCUGAAAUUGAAAAACGCGCUCUGUACUAAAUUAGUUCUCUUUCUUGAAGGACGUAUUGGGAGUAAGUCGAGCAGAUCUGCAAGAAGUCGCAAAGUCAAUUCCAUCACUCAAGAAGACAUGUUUGAGUUGAUCAUAAAAUCUCAGGUAAGAAUUGAGUUGAAAAAUAUGGUAUAACUUUCUAAUGGAGACAUGGGGGGCAUUCGUUUAGUACGUACACAUGGGAGAGGAGGAGUCGUAAGUGGACAAAACGGUGAUUCUAUUUUUGUCUUUCCAUGAAGAUUUAAUCUUCUUGGUUUGAAGUCCUGUCGUCGUCCAGUGGCGUCGUAGGUCAUAAAAUCCUAAUUAACUUUAUCGGCGGUUUCUUGCAGGAAUCGCGUAUCAACGACCAACGUUGUGACCCCGAUCUUAUACAACAAGCCCCUACCGUGCCAGAUGAAGAUUUCUUUGGCCUAAUAUUGCGUCUGCAAUCCAACCGUAUUGAUGAACAGCGGUGUAGUCUACCAGACAACCGACGGAGCAACAAUACCGCGAAGCCUAAACGGACUAAGCCCCAGUACAGGAAGGAAUCACAGCUGUAAAUAAAAUGUGUUUCCAUCACUUGAGAAGAACGAUGUGAAGAUUAAAUGAAAAGCUUUAAAAUAAGCCUGCAUAAUGCAUAUUUUAUGCAGGCUUGUAUAGUUCUGUGCCAGAAAUGGCGAACAUGGUCCAAUUGUUUGAACUAUAAAGGAAACUAUUCCAGACUUUUAAAUCUGUCACCAAGAUAGGUAGGCAGUAUAGACUGAUUACACAAAUGAUGUCUUUCUAUUUUUAAUUUCCAAAGCUGCACUCUAAAAACUGCACUCUGGUUGAAAUUCCCCUUCAUAUUUCUAGUUAGAUUUCCUGGUUAGUUUAUCUCACUUCGUACCAUAGUCUGGUUAAUGUAACCAGGAAUCUGGUUAUAUAUGACCCAGGACGUCCCUGUUAAAAUAACCAGACUAACCAGACUAUGCUAUAGGUGGAUAUAUAACCUGAGCCGUGGUUAAUUAUCCACCCAACAUAUAGUCUGGUCAAUUUAACCAGACUAUAGUGGGAAAACGUUAAAAUAACCAAGAAAUUUAAACCGAAAUAUUAUUGUUGACCCAAAUAGGGUUAAGCCUUCUUUACACUAUCAAAGUUUCUGUGAUCACAGUAGGAAUUUUGCAUCGGUAAGUUGUACGUUUUGAAGGAUUUGUUAGAAAUGUUGAGGGAACUGACUCGAUGUCUAACGUUGAGUCAGUUUGUUCAAACAUUUCUUACAAAUCCUUCAAAACGUAGAAUUUACCAAUGCAAAAUUCCUACUGAGAUCACAGAAACUUUGAUAGUGUAAACCAGACUUUAUUUCUAGGUUAACCAUGGGAAAAUUUAACCAGAGUGUUUUAGAGAGUGGGCUGAAGGGUAAAUACUGAUGCAUGUAUUAUAACGAUGUGUUGUAUAUAUGUUGUUUUAGAAAUCACUAUGUUUAUAUAGCCCUUUUUGCGUGAGGCAUUGGCGAAGCACAGUCUAUCAAAAUAGGAGGGUCUGGAAACUAAACACAAGUCACUGUGUUAUGUUUUUACCUGAGUUUUUGUUAAUUUGUGCACAGUCACGGUGAUUGAGCUCAUUUUAUUUUCGUAUAAUCAAGUAAUGCCUGGUUCACACUGGUCGUAAGAAUCGUGGAUUUCCAUUGUCUGUGGUCAUUGAUAUGUAAAAUGCAUUGUCCAUGAGGCAUCGCAAAAGAAUACAAUAGAUCGCCGAUGAAUUACGACCAUUGUGAACCAGGCUUUAUCGUCCAACAGGGAUAGCUGAAUGAAACGUGCAUGCCACCACGUUGAAUAAUAUUUAAUGUUGAGACAAAGGAUUUGCACACAUGGUGAGGUAUAGUUCAACAUCAACAUCUUUCAAGGUUGCCGGGUUUCCAGACCAUCGUAUCUUGACGGACUAUUUGGAAAAAGAAAGGGCGGACGAAAAGAGGUUAAGCAUGUUUACAAGCUUUCCAUGCCGGAACUAAUCGGAGCAGGAUUUUAGGUGCGAAUUUCUUGUUCGGUUGGGUGGGAACGAAUGGAUGAGUUAUGAAUGUUGAGAUAAGGGUACAUAUGCUCAAAACAUUCAUAGCUUAUCUACUCGUUCACAUCAUUCAUCAUUCAUCUGUUCCAAAACAAACGCACAUGCAGG